GUUCCCCGCGAAAAAAUAGAGCUUCGCGUUCUCCUGGCGCGUCAGUCUCAUUGACUCCAUGUUGAUGGUCGUGCUGCCAUGAUAGUACUAGAGCACUAGAGCCGUGGUCAUUGCCCUCUCUCCAAAAGUUAGCUCCUUUCUCCUCGUGGUUUGAUCUGUCGUUGAGGUGGAGGGACAUGGAAAAAUGCACCGCGAGCUGAAUCCCAGCUGCUGCUCCGGGGAAAUGGGUUGCUUCGCCCGCUUCAGGAGCAAGAUCAGGACAGGAAAGGGCAAGAGAGCACCGGCCGCUCGCUCCAACCUGUCCACGGCGUCCUCGUCGGCCGCGGCCACGAGCCAGUCCCACUCCCAGGACUCGAGCGCGACCGGGAGGCAGGUCGGGAGCCGGUCGUCGGGCUCAGCCUCGUCGGCUCGGACCAUCCCGGAGCUGUACGAGGAGCGGGGCGCCAGCAGCCUGCACGAGUUCGGCCUACGGGAGCUCCACGCCGCCACCAACGACUUCAGCCGCCUGCUCAAGAUCGGCGAGGGUGGGUUCGGGAGCGUCUACAAGGGCGUCGUCCGGCUUCCCGGCGGCCCUGUCGGCGGCACGGUGGUCGCCAUCAAAAGGCUGAAUACCAGUGGCCACCAGGGUCAUAAGCAAUGGCUGGCAGAAGUUCAUUUUCUAGGGGUUGUGGAGCACCCCAACCUCGUCAGGCUCAUCGGGUAUUGUGCCGCUCGUAGUGAACGAGGCCCUCAAAGGCUGCUUGUCUACGAGUUCAUCGCGAACAAGACACUGGAUGACCAUCUAUUCAAUCGAGCAUACCCUGUUCUUCCAUGGGACGUCAGGUUGGAAAUAGCCUUUGGUGCUGCUGAGGGUUUGAUAUAUCUCCAUGAAGGGUUAGAAGUUCAGGUUAUAUAUCGUGAUUUGAAAGCUUCCAAUAUACUACUAGAUGAGGAAUUUAGACCAAAACUUUCAGACUUUGGUUUAGCAAGGGAAGGGCCAUCCGCAGAUCAAACGCAUGUGUCUACAGCGGUUAUGGGGACCUACGGUUACGCAGCUCCAGACUACAUCGCGACAGGCCACCUCACCACCAAGAGUGAUGUCUGGAGCUUUGGAGUAGUACUCUACGAGAUCCUCACCGGACGGCGUUCAGUGGAAAAAAACCGUCCCAAAAAGGAGCAGAGACUGCUGGAAUGGGUGAAGCUGUAUCCUGUCGAGAGUAAGCAGUUCAGCAUGAUCAUAGACACGAGGCUCGAAGGCCGUUACUCCAGGGAGGGAGCUAGAGAGAUUGCCAAGUUAGCCAACCGGUGCCUCGCAAAGCGCUCAAGGGACCGUCCGACGAUGAGAGAGGUGGCUAAGAGCCUAAAGCAGGCAAUGCAGUUGGGUGGCGAAAGUGGAGUAUCGGGGAACAGCUCGACGCCUCGUGAUGUGCAUGGUAAGCCAACAGCAGACGAUAUUGCCGUGGCUUCAGCAAGGCGACGGAUGCUUCACCUCGCUGCCCUAGGUGAAAACAGAAACAGCUUCGCAAAGAGGAGAUUCAUGUUCAUGAGGGCUGCCGCUGCGCCAACUCCAACAUGAUCUUCUCGGAGAAGUUGAUGUCCUUGACUAUCUGUGUAAAUUUUGAUGUGUCUUUUUUCGAUAAAAAAUAUAUAUUGAUAUCGUGGA